AUGGAUGAGGUGAAGGCAACAUAUCUCAAUGCUGAGUGUUCUGCUAUCUUGCAGAACCAAAUUCCACCAAAGCUUGAAGAUCCAGGGAGUUUCCUUAUCACUUAUUCUAUUCGCACCCUGACUUGUAAGGCACUUGCUGAUUUAGGUGCCAGUAUUAAUUUGAUGCCUUACUCGGUUUGGAGUAAGUUGGCUUCAGGUGUUUUGAGACCCACCCGUAUGAGUAUUAGACUAGCUGACCAUUCUUUUCAAUAUCCCAUCGGGAUUGCUGAAAAUAUGACUGUCCGGGUAGGCCAUAUUGUGUUUUUUGUUGACUUCGUUAUCCUCAAAAUGGAGGAAGAUACGAAGCAUGCUUAUUCUAAUGACGAGUCUUGUUUCAGGAUAGAUGUUAUUGAUGAUGCUUUAGACCAAGAAUUUCAGGAACUCAUGGAUACUGACAUGGAAAAUGAGGAGAUCACUUGCUUAGGAGCUAGAAAUGUUGAUGAUGAGGAAUUGUUUGCAGAGGUUAUGGCACUUAGCUUAGACGAUACACCUCCAUUGGAUGAGCGUUUUGAGGAGGUUGUUGCUGAUGGAAGCUCAAGGGUACCGAAUUCUGUUGAUGUACCACCCACUGAUCUGGAGCUUAAGCCAUUGCCUACCCAUUUGGAGUAUGCUUAUCUGUCAGGUGAAUCUUCUUUGCUCGUUAUCAUCUCGUCCUAA